AUGGAAGACUUGAUUGGGGUUGGUUGGCUUUGCUCCGGUGACAGCAGCGCCUGGCAGGGUCUCUUGAGGUGGAUUGUGUGUUCACUCUAUGUGGAUGAAGCAAUCCCGCGUGGGGCGGUUUUGCAGUGGUAUUGGCAGCUUCUCACCGGAGUGAAGUUGACACAGCAGCAGCUUGUUGCUUUGAUUGAAUCCACGCCGGGCGUUUUUUUAGACCCGCCGGGGUCCAGAAGGUUGAACUUCCGAGCAGUUUUGGAGGUUCCACCACCCAGCUUCCGCGGAUUUGUCCAAGAAGAGGAAAAUGCGAACCCCGAGGAGAGGUUCGCCGAUGCCUCGCGAAAGGAGGAUGGCCAAAGUGUACGGAUUCUGGCGUCAGGCCAGAUGAAAUGGAAGAAGUACCCGGAGCCAUAUCCAUGCAAGCUCAUCUACAUGAGCCCGAGGCAAGAGAUUGAGAUCUCCCAGGUGAAACUGCAGUGUCGUUCCAAACUGCGGAAGGAGCUGAGCGAGACCGUCUUUGGUCACCACUCCCUGUCACGGCUUUUGGAGGACGAGAGGCGUCCGACGUUGGCGGCCCUUCUUCCAUCCAUUUUGUCCAUGUUCAUUCUUUGCAUUUUUUGUCUUGCAAGUCCAGACGCCCUCACAUUCAACACCCCCGCUGGGUUCGAAGUAAUGCCGAGUACCUUUUAA